GUGAAGGAGGUGGAGGUAGAAGACGGUGUGAAGGUACUUGGCUAUGGUGGAUGGGUGAAGGAGAUGGAGGUGGAAGAAGGUGUGAAGGUACUUGGCUUUGGCGGAUGGAUGAAGGAGGUGGAGGUGGAAGAAGGGUACUUGGCUAUGGUGGAUGGGUGGAGGAGGUGAAGGUGAAAGAAGGUGUGAAGCUACUUCACUAUGGUGACUCACAGGAGCUGGAGGUCGAAGGUGUGAAGUUACUUGGUUAUAGUGGAUGGGUGAAGAAGGCCGAGGCGGAAGAAGGUAGGAAGGUGAAGGAGGUGGAGGUGGACGAAGGUGAAAAGGUACUUGGUUAUGGCGGAUGGGUGAAGGACGUGGAGGUGGAAGAAGGUGUGAGGGUACUUGGCUAUGGUGGAUGGGUGAAGGAGGUGGAGGUGGAAGAAGGUGUGAAGGUAAUUGAUUAUGGCAAAUGGGUGAAGGGGGUGGAGGUGGAAGACGGUGUAAAGGUGUUUGGAUAUGGCGGAUGGGUGAAGGAGGUGGAGGUGGAGGUGGAAGGUGUGAAGGUACUUGGCUAUGGCGGAUGGAAGGAGGAGCAGGAAGGAGAAGAAGUUGUAAAGGUACUUAACUAUGGUGGAUGGGUGAAGGAGGUGGAGGUGGAAGAACGUGUGAAGGUACUUGGCUAUGGCGGAUGGAAGGAGGAGCGAGAAGGGGAAGAAGGUGUGAAGGUACUUAUCUAUGAUGGAUGGGUGAAGGAGGUGGAGGUGGAAGAAUGUGUAAAGGUACUUGGCUUUGGCGGAUGGAUGAAGGAGGCGGAGGUGGAAGAAGGUGUGAAGGUACUUGGAUGUGGCGGAUGGGUGAAGGAGGUGGAGGUGGGAAAAGGUGUGAAGGUGAAAGACGGUUUGAAGCUACUUGGCUAUGGUGGAUGGAUCAAGAAGGUGGCGGCGGAAGAAGGUAUGAAGGUACUUGGCUAUUGUGGAUGGCUGAAAGAGGUGGAGGUGGAAGAAGGUGUGAAGGUACUUGGCUAUGGAGAAUGGAUGGAGGUGCAGGUGGAAGAAGGUGGGAAGGUAUUUGGCUAUGGUGGAUGGUUGAAAGAGGUGGAGGUGGAAGAAGGUGUAAAGGUACUUGACGAGGAUGGAUGGGUGUGUGAGGGUACUUGGCUAUGGUAGAUAGGCGAAGGAGGUGGAGGUGGAAGAAGGUGUGACAGUACUUGGCUAUGGUGGAUGCAUGAAGGAGGUGGAAGUGCCAGUGGAAAUAGGUGUUAAGGUGCUUGGCUAUGGUGGAUGAGUGAAGGAGGCGGAGGUGGAAGAAGGUGUGAAUGUACCUGGGUAUGGCGGAUGGGUGAAGGAGGUGGAGGAGGAAGAAGGCGUGAAAGUACUUAGCUAUGGCGAAUGAGUGAAGGAGGGUGGUGGUGGAAGAAGAGAUGAAGAUACUUGGCUAUGGUGGAUGGGUGAAGGAGGUGAAGGUGGAAGAAGGUGUGAACAUGUUUGACUAUGGUGGUUCGUAAGCUUCCGGUCUCCCUCUACUUGCGUUGUCUCAAUGUCCGAAGCAUCAGAAAAACUUAAACUUCACAGAACUCUGACUUGCAAGAAAAACUCAGACUUCACAAAACUCUGACUUGCAAAAAAAACUCAGACUUCACAGAACUCAGACUUGCAAGAAAAACUCACAAGCGGUUAUCGGGUAGCUAAAAAUUCAGGAAUGAAAAUUCUGAAGUGAG